AUGAUUGGAGGAAAUGGAGAAGACCCACCUGAUUCUGAAAUGGAGAAGACCCACCUGAUUCGAUGUCCAGCCCUAACGACGGAAAGCCAGAGAUACUGGGAAGCAAGAAGACAGCUUACGGAAAGCCAAAGAUACUGGGAAGCAAGAAGACAGCUACGGAAAGCCAGAGAUACUGGGAAGCAAGAAGACAGCUACUCCGGAAAGCCAGAGAUACUGGGAAGCAAGAAGACAGCUACAGGAAAGCCAAAGAUACUGGGAAGCAAGAAGACUGCUAAUGCACUGCUAUUGAUUAACUGCUAUAAAUGUACCCACCCUUCCUUGGGGGAAGCUGAAGUCAAAGUUAAAUUGCGAAUGAUACCCCUCCAAUGUACCCCCCACCCUUGGGGAAGCUGA